AUGCGGGAUUUCGAAUCAAGCGCACAGACGCACUUCUGCGUACAAAGCUAUUUACACGAGAAUCAUAUUACAGAAAGCAUAAAUUUCAAAAGUGGAAGAGCUUAUGGAAAGGAAGUACUAGAUCACGGUAUUCCUUAUCAGUAUUUACUAAGUCCACAAUCAGGAAUGGCUUUCGACCGUAUAAUUAACGGAAGCCGAGCACCAAGUGAGAUGCGUUCCGUGAAAGACGAAGAUCAAAGCUCUGAAUCUGGAGAAGCAUGCAACAAUAGUAUUUCUGGUCGUCGCGAGAGCACAGACCAUGAACCGAGAGAGAAUACAGCGGGGUCGGCGGCGCGAUUCGCCAGAAAAGAGUUAGACUAUAUAGCCGAAAUGUACGUUUCAAAUUAUGAUGUUUUUCACAAGAGCUCGCUUGGAGGAGGAAGAGCGAAGGAAGCAAUUACGCUGAAGAGGAAACUGCUACAACAAAUGGCCGACCACCUAACUGCGAUGGUCGAUGAGAAAAGAACAGUUGUCCAGGUCGACCAAAAAAUUCGAGAUGAAAUUCGCCAAGUGAAAAAAUAUCUCAGGCAUAAGAGGCAAGAUAUCUUUGGAAUGUUUGGACCCGUCAGUUGUUCUAGAGAGAUUCGCCUAUCGUCCAGUCAGCAAUACAUUGCAGAUAAUCUACGAAUGAAGCCGAGAUUUGCUGGAAUUUUUGACGAGGGAGAGUUAAGACCAUUGGAGUGUACCAGCUUGGGAGAUGUACCAUUUGACUACAAUCCAGGAUGUUCGGCUACUGAGUGUGGGUAUCAACUUACUAACUUCUACUACAUCUUUUAA